GAUUUACUUUUAAGAAAAAUCUCCCUCCUCCUUGGUCCCUAGAGAUUUGGGUGCUAAGAAAAAUCUGUUCUCCAAUUCAGGGUUGUAAGAAACCCUCUGCAGCAAAAGCAAUGUUGACUUCUAAUGAAGCAGAGAGACAUAUCUAGCUUUGAAAUAGAGGUUGCCAAAUGGUAUUCCCAGUGACACAUGGGAGACUGGAGGAAAGGGUCCCCACAGAAAUUCAUCAGUGUGGGGAGAGCUGGUUAGUAGGUAGGCCAUAGAAUUUUCCAGUGACAUCACCAGUAAGCCGUUCACUGGACACUCUAUUGUAUCUAAGAGAUCCCUAGAAUCUUCUGUGAUGUCACCAGUGUUGUGGUGACACCAACUGCCUUUGGGAUAUUACUUCAGUUCCCUUUGGGUUCACAAGCAGGCAUGUUUCGCCAGCUGCUCAGGCUAUUUCAGAAGGAAAGUGUUGAUCAAGGAGAGACUGCACCAGGUCAGAGAGAAGCUGACACCCUCUCUAGUGAAACAGGAAGGAGGAAAUCAUUCUGGAGAAGGCUUGGUUUUGGUAGGAAGGCAUCAUCCCAAAAUGUCAUCACUAAGGAAGAGGAGUGUCUAAAGGAACUGGAGGAACUCAAAUUUGAAAUCCAGAAGUGUCAAUUCGAGAGGGAUGAACUUUAUCAAAUCCUGGAUCUUUAUAUCUAUGAUGAGUGGGACCACAGGCUGCAUGUCGAAUUGCCAGUCCUUCAAUCUGAACAUGAGAUGAGAAUGAUGGCUAUGCAAAUGAUGACCAACUCAAUAAGUGAUGCCAUGGACAGGUACAAGGAGCUCAUACAAGUGAACAGUUCCUACCGCAUCAGGCACUCCCAGCUCCUGCGUGAACAAGCUCAAUUGAAGAACAAUAUACAGAUUUUGCUGAAUGAGAAGAGAGAACUGCUGGUGGAGCAGACUGAACUGCCAGCAUCCUCUGUGGAGACAAAGAGGCUCUGUGAAGAGGCCGGAAUGAACAUCUGUGCCCCCAGUGCCACGCAACAGCAGGUAGGGUUAGGCCUCAGGGUCAGGUUGUCCUCAGGUCUUACCAUAAACAUAGACAAACCAAUGUAACUGUCUAUUGACUGAUCCAUGUCCUGACCUAGGUCUCAUCCAAGUGUACAUUCAUGUGAUUGUUUACAAGGCUUUCUGUGGAGAUAGCCCCUUUUCAAGAAACUGCAUGUUUCGAAAGCAAAUGCUCCUGCUCUUCGAGAAUCUGCAGUUCAUUAAGGGAGAUAGGUUGAUCACACAGCACAGCACUACAUGCCAUUAUGGAUGGAGGGUGCUAUGUGGGAGCCCCUCUUUAGACUAGAGCAGGGCUUUGAGGGAUGAAGCAAAAGCCCAGAGCCCAUUUUCUUUACAGGGAUGGUGUGAGACUCAGGAAGUAAGUAGUUUUCAAGGAGGAGAGCCUGGUGGAAAUGCCAAAGAAAUGGUUCUCAUUGUCAUUUGUGGUGGCUUUUGUUCUUCCUCCCCUCAUGUCCCUGUAUAUGAAGAUGGUGACUUCAUGCUUCAUAGAUCUUGGGUAACUACAGAGCCUGUGUAUCAGCAUGUCAGUCCUGUCUUAUUUGAGUGCUCCUGGAGACUUAGUCCUUUAAGCCUAGGUCUCUCAACAAACAUGAAGCUUCCUGUUUUGUGCUGGCCAGCAGUCUUUGCAUCAUUCGUCCAGUUCCAAGAUGAGCCCCCUCUCUUAUUUGUCUCAACACAUACUUAAACCAUUCAGCUAUUUUAAAAAUAAGGAUUAGAUUUCUUCACUUUACCUGAACAGAGUUAUCCCCCAGGAAGAUUCUGGAUUGUCUUAUUGGCUUCACCAUGAUAUUGCAUGGAAUCCUAGAGUACAACCCUCUGCUGACAUUGCUUUGCUGACUAUAUCAUGGGCACUGCAUUCUUUCAGGAUAGAUACCCUCUCAAUAUUGUACACAGUGCUGCAUUUCAGAAAAUUCACUGUAUGUUAUUUAUUUAGCCUUUUUCUGACUGACAUUGAGGUUGUUUUAAUAUCACAGGAACUCUAAUGUGAUGAAAUGUUCCUGGGAACUGACCAUGAGUCACUGUCUUCUCUGAUGCUUCCAAAGUCUUCUAUGAAGGAAACAGGGUAGUUUUAGUGAGGGGCCUAUGAUGAGUCAGCAUAGAGCUUGAUGGAGUCUUUUCCUAGAAAUCUCUCUUGGGGAUUUGAUGAUGUGUUGUUUAGGCUAUCUGUUCAGAACAUGUAACUUACUUGUCGGACCAGCAAGCAUCUGCAUAGAAAGGUUUCCUGAAGUGGAAAUGAGUACAGGCCAGGGCAGCACAUCUUGCUUGUGUCUAAGAGACUUGUACACAGCAUUGUUCCCACUAAUUCCUCACUCAACAGGAAAUGUGCUGCAUAAGAGCAAAGUUUUCAUUUGUGCAUGCAAGUGUGUAUCUGUGUGUCUGUGUUUGUGUGUGUGUUUGUGUGUGUGUGUGUGUGGUGUGUGUGGGUAUAUGUGUGUGUGUGUUUUUGCAGUAGUGAACGUAUGUUUCCCUCUAUUUCCAAGUUUCAUGAGAAAAGUACUCUAAGCAUACACUUUACAUCCAUGAAACAUGAAAUAGAGCUGCCCAGUCAUUUGGCAUCUCCAUUUAGCUCUGUACAGCAAAAGGACACUUAAAUUACUAAUUUAUUCUUUCCAAAAAUUUCAGAAUGAAUUAUCUUGUGAAGUCUGGGGGAGGAGUGGAAAUCUGUUCAAGUGAGUCAUGUUUCACAGGGGUAACAAAUGAUACAGGCCUAGAGCUUGCAGGUCCAUUUUUGUUAUGGUGUAGAAGCAGGACAAUAAAAUCCUUUAGAAAUGCAACCCCCAAAAAGAGGACACAAAAACAACUGUAAAGUUAGAUUUUCAAGUGAUUAGGGGCAAAACUACUGAUCUGCAUUGAAAUCCUUUGGAGCACAUCAAAGGAAUGGAGUACUGGGAGGUAAGGGCAAGGCUUCUCUAGAAAAAUUCAUGAGUUUAUUCUGCUUCUCUGUUCUUUGUGAAUUGUGAAAGCCCACUGGAAGGUUAUGUCACUCACUGUGUCUUCUCCAAGGUUGCUUUCCACAUUGCCUGCUACCAUUUCUUUCGAGCUACCUUGGCACACUACAACUUCCCCAUGGAGUUUGGCUUGGAUUUUAUUCAUUGAGAAUUUGAGUUGCUUGGAAUUGUAUCGUCAUCCAGAAAAAAUCCCAUAGCUAUGCUGUGGUGCAAGAACAGGGCAGUUUCAGGAACCCCUUUAGGUGCACAGAUAAUCCAAAGCGCUCCUCUAUGUUAUCUGUGUAGCAUUCUGCAAGUGCUGUCGAUCAACAUCAUUUUCUCUCAGUUAAUUUCAGCCUCAAUGGGUUAGGAGAAAUGAUGAGCUUCAAAUGGGUCUGACAGUGUAAGAACAGGUAGCCCUAUGAGAAGCCAUGUUCAGAAAGUGGAACAGAAGUUUUAGUUAACCCAGUGAUUCCACAACAAGGAGUAGGUAUUGCCAUUGCAACUAGGGAGCAUCAAUGUUGUAGUGGUCCCAGAGUAACCUUGAAGGAGAAUCUAUCCAGACGUCCAUCAUCCAAGGAGUAAAAG